GCUCGGCCCAGCUGUACAGCCGCACUGGAGUGGUCUUCGCAGUGAGGUCACUGGAGUAAACAGGGAAGAUGGCUACUUCGGCUGCUGGAGAUGGGCACUCGGGAUUAAACGGAAAGGUGUCCGAGGCAAGCGGGAAAAAACUAACCGACCUACCGGCUGAAUUGCUGGAAUACAUUUUGUGUUUCCCCGUCUUGAACAAUCGUGAUAUUGCCAAUGUCUCUUGCGCUUGCAAGCGAUUGCACGAUGUCUGUCAUGGAAGAGGAAAGGUUUGGGAGCAUCAAUAUAAACUCAGAUGGCCCGGAUUGCUGAAGCAUUAUCCUCAGACAGAAUCCCAUGACUGGUUGAAAGAGUACAGAAAGCGGUAUGUUGUUGGCCUACAGAUCAGAAGAACAGUGGAGUCGUUUUCCAAGAGAUUUUUUGCAGAAGUACCUUGCAUUGGUCAGGUUCUGGGGGACAGCUUCACCGAGAUCGAGUCUUUGGGGGCCCCUGAACAUUUCUGCGAAGAUGAGCUCAUCUCAAUAUUAAACUCAGACAGAAGGAAGAACUUGACAUUGAAGUACUAUGCAAAGAAAAUCCUGUAUUUUCUCCGACAGCAAAACAUCCUGAAAAGUUUGAAGAGCUUCCUUGCCAGACCCCCAGAGCAACAGUCCACUAUAGAGGGUGCAGUACUGGUAGACCAGUACUGUAACCCUCUUGCAGACGUGUCCCUGCAGUCCAUCUCAACUCAGCUGGACGAGAUUGUGGACAAGAUCAAGAAAACACUUCAGAUUAAAAAUCCUUCGCACCCCAGCUUGAGAGCAACUGAAGAUGAUGGGUCCCUGAUUGACGAUUUUGAGCAACAGAGACAAGUGGUGUGUGCUCUAAACUCUGUCCUCUACGAUCAACUUCAAUAUAAAGGCAAUGAGUGUGACUAUUACAACCCUCUCAACUCAUACCUUCACCAGGUGCUAAUUCGUAGGACUGGCAUUCCCAUCAGCCUCUCUGUUUUGUACUUAACACUAGCAAGGAAGUUAGGAGUAAAAUUAGAACCCGUGAACUUCCCCAAUCACUUCCUUCUCCGAUGGUGCCAACAACAUCAAGGGAAGCCUGAUAUCUAUGAUUAUGUUUACAUUGACACUUUUGGGAAAGGAAAGCAACUGACAGCAAAGGAAUGUGAAUACCUCAUUGGUCACCAGGUGACGUCAGACUAUUACUGCGCAGUCAGCACCACAGAAGUGCUGCUAAGAAUGGUGGGAAAUCUUCUGAACAUUGGCAAGCGAGGAGAAGGCAAUGAGAAAUCCUACCAGCUUUUGAGAGACUCCCUUGAUCUCUACCUCACCAUUAACCCUGAUAAUGUGCAGUACUUGCUCCUGCAGGCCAGGCUGUACUUCCACUUGGGCAUCUGGCCUGAGAAGGUCCUGGAUAUUCUGCAGCACAUCCAGGCCCUGGACCCCUCACAGCACGGCGCAGUGGGGUACCUGGUGCAGCACACGCUGGAGCACAUUCAGCAUAAGAGGCACCCCGCCGAGCCCGAGAUCAAGAAGCGCACUGACCCUGUGCACCAUGAAGUGGAGUUCUCCGUGGGGCUCAUCAUGAAACACAAACGAUCAGGGUACAGCUGUGUGAUUUAUGGCUGGGAUCCCAAGUGCAUGAUGAGCAUGGAAUGGAUUACCACGAUGAGGGUCCAUCAGCUGGCAAAAGGACCCAACCAACCUUUCUACAAUGUCCUGGUCCAGGAUGGCACGUGUCGAUAUGCAGCGCAGGAAAACCUGGAAUUCCACCCCUCUCCACUGGAAAUUGGACAUCCGGAAAUUGGACGAUACUUUGCCGAAUUCUCAGACACCCAUUACACCGCUAACGAGGAGCUCCAGACACGUUAUCCAGAAGACACAGCUGAGACUCUUCGAACUGUACCAGAGCAGUAUAACAAACUGAACACUAACUCAGGGCAUGAGGAAGGAACAGAUCCACAGCUAUGCAGUUCGCUGAAAGUUUAUCCAGAAAUAAGGAGAGAAAGGAGUUUGGAAACUUUGGACAUUACAUCAGUGAUGGGAGCUUUUCACUCUGGACCCCACGAGCAACAAUUCCGACAACUCGCGGAUAAAACAGGCUUUUCACUGGAGCAAAUUGAGACUCUGCACAAGCGUUUUAAACAACUGAGCCAAGAUGAAGACACUCUCCAGAGGGAGAACUUUGACAAUGUACCUAAUCUGGAUUGCAAUCCAAUUAAAACUCAAAUCAUUGAAGCCUUUUUUGACAAAAGGAACUUCGAGAAGGGUGGCGCAGGGACAGUUCAGGAGAUCACAUUUGAGCAGUUUCUUACUGUAAUGGGACACUUCCGACCCCCGGAGCUGCGCAUGAACGAUGAACAGCGGGACAAAGUGAGGAAAGAAAAACUUCGCUUCCUCUUCAACAUGUAUGACACCGAUAACGAUGGCACAAUCACCUUGGAGGAGUACAAACAUGUUGUGGAAGAGCUCUUGUCUCGAAGCGGCACUUUAGAGAAAAAAACAGCCUCGGCCAUAGCAGAUGCUGCAAUGCUGGAAGUUGCGAGCAUCACCGUGGGACACAUGGAACCUGAUGAAUUCUAUGAGGGCAUCACCUUUGAUCACUUUAUUAAGAUCUUGAAUGGCCUGGAAAUAGAAACAAGGAUGAACAUUCAUUUUUUAUAUGUGGAUACCACAACCCUCUGCAAGUGAUGACUGUCGGUGAAAAAAAGAAAGGCAGUUCUUGGUGCAAUCAGCAGAUGCUAGGACAUCCUUUCCCUGGCUUGUGCUUUUUAAUCACAUGAAUGGAAGUUGGUAUUGUAAAAAACAUUUUUUGCAACUCAGAAAAAAAAAACGAAUCGCAUAAAUUUAUAUUCUAAAUGGUACUAAAAAAAUCCUAUUAAAGUCUUUGCUGUGAGUAGAAGGCUUUGCUGGAAUAAAUUCUAAAUCUCAGGGAAUCCUAAACUACUUGAAAGCCCAAUUGAAGGUUAGCAGUCCACAUGAUGGCCUGGCCCUGCCUUCCUGAACCAAUUCAGAUUCUGUGCUACUCCCGUUCUAACUCUAAUUUGGAUUUGGCUUCAAAGGAAGUACUGUUUGGUUUGGAGGAGGUCCCGUACUCGCUUUAAGGCUGACAUUGAGUUUCACUCUUGACGAAACAUGAAGUUUUAAGAACAGUUUGAUACAUAUGAAAUAGAAGCUGGGCAGGAAACAGUUCAGAACUGUCUACGUAGUGCUCUUUUCCCACAAUCUCUUAUUUACAUUCUAGGUGACACCACUCUAAUGCAACUACACCACUUGUACCACAGUCUUCCAAGCACAAUUUGCUUCCUGGUUACUAUCAAAGCAGCCAGUGGAAGUACCUGCUGGACUACUGCAAAUUAUUGUUUACUGAGCCCUAUCCUAAUAAGCAUCCUCUUAGUAGAAUAAGGUAUACAGAUUAUUCCUUAACUCACAUUACACACACACAUUAUUUCCGAGGUAGCUUUUAGCAGAACAGAACAUCAAAAUCCUGGUCAGCAAGAAUGUCUUAAUGCAUCUAAAGACUGGCUCACUCUUGUUCUGCUGUUUCAUAAAUUAUAUUUUGUCACCUCAAUGGUAGUAACCAGGUAAGUUAGAUGUUAGUAAGGGUCAAGCACCACAUCUUGGAUUUUGGCAAGCAGGACAAGUCUUAUUAAUGUAUAGUAAUUGAAUAUCAAAAAGUCAGGAAACCUGACAGGAAUACCAAUAGACAGAAAAUGUCUAUGCCUUCUACAGGAGUUAUGUACUUACCAUCAUAGCAACCUGUACAGAACACUAAUGGAUAUGAUAAUUUCAAAAAACAUCUGACUUUAUAGAGCUGAAUAGGUGCUUCUUCGUUGGCACAAAAUUGUAUUCUGUAGAGAUUUGUAUUUUGUUGGAUGAAAACAAUGUUAAGGCCAACAUGAAGAAGCACACAGCACAGAUACAGGUCUUUAGCUUCACUCUCAUAUCAGUAAGUAAAGGGCACUUUGUUUUAGAGUCAGUUAUUAUAGCACGUUAAGGACAACAAGGUUAUACCUUCACAGUAUCAUCUGUUGUAGACCAGGCGAUCAGCUUGUCUGAGGCUGCUGAGACCUCUAGUGUCAUUAGACUAUUGUCAAUGAGUCAGGGGAAGUUUGCUUUUGCCUCAAUCAGCUCAACUGCACUUUUAUAUUUUGUAUUUUAUAUUUCCAAAAAUCAUGUAUUUUGAUUUGAAUGACUUUUCAAUAAGAAUAUUUUCUAAGUACUGGUUAAUGAAUUCUGUGCGUCACUAUAGCUCUUACAAAAAGACUUUUGACUUGAGAAACACCUCACUAAAUCACGUAAUUGGAAAACUAAAUUCAAACUCCACUCUUGUAAUAUUAAACUUCAUGUUGUCUACCUACCUGAA